CUCGCGAAAUCCCUGAACCCUAGAAUCGUCACCCUCGGCGAAUACGAAGCGAGCCUGAACCGGGUCGGCUUCUUCAAUCGGUUCAAGAACGCGCUCCGGUACUACUCGGCCGUGUUCGAAUCACUGGAACCAAAAUUGGCCCGCGACUCAAACGAGAGGCUGCAACUAGAAAAAGUGGUGCUCGGGCGGCAGAUCGCCGGCGUGGUCGGACCGGAGUCACCAAGAACCAAAACAGAACGAAUGGAAGACAAAGAACAGUGGAAAAUCCUAAUGGAAAAUUGCGGUUUCGAGCCGGUAAAUCUCAGCCAUUACGCCAGAAGUCAAGCCCGAAUCCUUCUAUGGAACUACGAUUACAGCUCCUUGUAUUCUUUGAUCGAAUCCUCACCUGGGUUUCUCUCGUUGGCGUGGAGCGAAGUACCAAUUAUCACAGUUUCUUCAUGGCGUUGACAGCACAAGCUUCAUAAAAACUCAGGUAUUUGUUCAUUACAUAAUUAAAAUUAUCCUAUAUAUAUUUUUUGCCCCCUUCUGUGCUGUAAAAAGACGACAUUAAGAAUCAUAUACGCCAUUGACAAUCUAAUUUGGUGGUGCUGCUCCAUCUUUUUUGUCAAUUUCAACGUCAGAACGCGCAGUUCUAAAUCUUUUUGACCCAGAGCUGAAAAAAAAUGUGGGAAUUUCAUGAAUUGAGGUGUAAAUUCUAAUGGGGUUGUGUUAGUGUUGUUGAAUUGAAUAAAAAAUUGUUAAAAUGUAAAA